UCAGGUGAGCCCGUCUGGCGGAGGCAAAGCAAAACCUCGGAAGGGGGCGGAGAGGCUUAUGCGCAAUUAAUUCCGACAGGCUGGAGGCGGCAACAACCGGAGCGGACAAACCAGCGGAGAGAGCGACCGAGCGCAGGCGAGAAAACUUGGGAGCAACGACGACAAGGUCGCAUCCGUCCGGGUGAGCCGAGCGCACCUCAUCCAACUUGCUCCGUGCAAUCCAAAACGCCUUGGAUCAAAAUUCAUCUCCCGUUUGACAGAAGAGUCACGAGCGUUUUGGCCGGGACGACCGUCUUGGGUUUCUGAGCGGUGAAAAUGUCGUCCACGCUGCAGCAGCUCCUCAUCCCGACGUGCGGCGGCGGGCCCGAGCCCCCCCGUAACAAAGUGACGGUGGUCGGGGUGGGCCAGGUGGGCAUGGCCUGCGCCGUCAGCAUCCUGCUCAGGGAGCUGGCGGACGAGCUGGCCCUGGUGGACGUGAUGGAGGACAAGCUGAAGGGCGAGUUGAUGGACCUGCAGCACGGAAGCCUCUUCCUCAAAACGUCCAAAAUUGUGGCCGACAAAGACUACUCGGUGACGGCCAACUCGCGCGUGGUGGUGCUGACGGCGGGCGUGCGGCAGCGGGAGGGCGAGAGCAGACUGGACCUGGUGCAGCGAAACGUCGACAUCUUCAAGCGCGUCGUCCCGCAGAUCGUCACCUACAGCCCCGACUGCGUCAUCCUGGUCGUGUCCAACCCGGUGGACGUGCUGACGUACGUGACGUGGAAGCUGAGCGGGCUGCCGAGGCGGCGCGUGCUGGGCAGCGGCACCAACCUGGACUCGGCGCGCUUCCGCUUCCUGAUGGCCGAGCGUCUGGGCGUGCACCCGAGCGGCUUCCACGGCUGGGUGCUGGGCGAGCACGGCGACACCUCGGUGCCCGUGUGGAGCGGCGCCAACGUGGCCGGCGUCGGCCUGCGGGCGCUCAACCCCGACGCCGGCACCGACGCCGACCCGGAGAACUGGAAGGAGACGCACAAGAUGGUGGUGGACAGCGCCUACGAGGUGAUCAAACUGAAGGGUUACACCAACUGGGCCAUCGGGCUGAGUGUGGCCGAGCUGACGGAGAGCGUCGUGAGGAACUUGAACAGGAUUCAUCCGGUGUCCACCGUGGUGCAGGGCAUGUACGGCAUCGCGGAGGAGGUGUACCUGAGUCUGCCGUGCGUGUUGAACGGCGGCGGCGUUGCCAGCGUGGUCCGCGUGAGCCUUUCGCACGACGAGGCGGCGCGGCUGCAGGCCAGCGGAAAUGCUUCGCGCCUGCGCGGCUACAAAAAGACAAUCGAACUGACGUGA